AUGGAGAGCACAGUCGCUGCGGAGGGCCAGGACCCGUCUGCAUUCCUGAGCGCAAUCACCGGAGCAUCUGUUACCGUUAAACUGAACUCUGGCGUCGUCUACAAAGGCGAAUUACAAUCCAUAGAUGGCUACAUGAAUAUUGCGCUGGAGAAAACGACCGAGCACGUCAAUGGCAAACUGAGGAAGUCGUAUGGCGACGUGUUUGUGCGGGGAAAUAAUGUUCUCUAUAUCUCUGCAGACUAG